CGAUAUCAUUUGCUUUUCAAAGCCUUGCUAUCGUUUGUGUAGUAAUGGGUGACUUCAAUCCAAGCCCGUACCGGGGGGAGGCUUCGAUCCCACACGUCAGUGAGGACUUCUUCAAAGUCUACUUCCUGGGAGCGCAGCUAGCACUGGGCUUCUUGCUGCUGCCUGGAAGGAUACUUGGAAGCGAGAUCAGGCCGCGCAAGUACAACCGGGACCUCAUCAUUGCACAAUGUGACGAGGCAGCCAGGAAAAGGGAGGCCAGGCGAGGGAAGCCGCCAAGGCAGUUCACAAGGGCCCCUCACAAGGUCACAGACAGCUGGCCGCACAUGUGGGACAGGCAGCUGCAUUGGAGGAGGUGGACUCAGGAUCGCAUGGGUGGAGGCAGCCUGAAGCCGCUUUAAAAGCCCAAACGCACUUCAACCAGGGAAUUUUGGUAAAUAUAUUGUCAUCGUGUUGUCAUGCGCAGCUUCAGCUCAAGGCUGCAGCUGGUCCUAUACAUAUGUUCACACGCAGUUUUGAAGAUGCAAGCUUAGAGUGCGCAGUUUGCAUGCACUUGCAGUUUUGUCUUCAAAUUUAAAUGGCAUCAUUAUCUCAGAACACAUUGAUGACUACAAUGAACAAUAUUGUAGGCCCUGGCCUAUGAUGUCUAGGACUUGAAUCACUCUUAUUUCUCCUUGUUCCCUCAAAGCCAGCAACUAAAUUCGUCAGUUUCCCAUGUGUCAGCUUGUCUUGCUGUGCAUCGCAGCUGACUGUAAGAAUAAUUGUCUUCUUG